UAUUAAUCCAUUUAUAAAUUGUUAUUUUUGUAGACAUUAUGGCUAUUGUAGUCCACAUGGAUACAAUUCAUCGCACAAUGUGGGGCCCUUUCAGAAAGAUUGUUAUAAUGGAUGCUAGGGGGUCUUUACAUAUCAUUAAAGUUUGGGGUGACCUACUAAACAAAAAUGCACUCCGUUGGGCGUUGGCUAAGGAGGAUUAUGGCAUAAUAAUUGGGACUAUGUUUAGGCGGUUCAGAAGACAAGAGUUCCUCGAGUCUUCGGAUCAUACCGCAAUACACUUCAAUCCGUUCCAUCACAACACCCACUAUUUUGGACCAAUUCAAAAAGCUUUGGUGGCGCGGAACAACCGUCAGUUUGCUGUUACAUUUCUUGAAGAGCAAAGGCGUAGAUAGAUUCUACAAUUUCACAAAGAGCAAUAAUUGGAACUAUGUUUAGGCCUAGAUAGAUUCUACAAUGAUAGAAUACAUGUCGUACUGUUAUUGAUCAACCAAGAGCAACAUGAGGCUGAAUUGUAAUACCUAUGACAUGGGUUUAAUAAGAGAUAGUUUG